GAUUCUCUCUCCUACCAAACGUAAACCAAGGAAUCGAAUCGGUAGUGGGAUACAGUGAAUUGGAUUUCCUUCUUCACUAAAGAUAGAGGAGGAAUUUAAUCUAAAACCAUAGUGAAAAAGUUUGUGUAUAUAUAGAGGAGUAUAUUAUUAUACAUAUAAAUAUUGUUUCUAUAUAUGUUGUAUACUUGAAUAGUAGUACUUAAUAAAGAUCCUUCUUAAGCUUUUCUGCUGCUCUGUCUCUGUGGUAGUUGUUACUCACAGCCUAUAUAUAACCAUUGAAAAACACUCGAAAAUUUCCCUGCUUUUUAGUCCUCGCCGUCUUUGGUUUCAACUCUGCAGAAAAUUGGGUAAUAGCCGCAUUUAAGCAUUACUUACUAACUAGGUGUGGUGUGGUGUGGUGUGUUCCACUGAUUUUCUAGCUGUUGGGGGAGCAUUUAAGCCUCACUUUCUCUCUCUAGCUCUGCCAAAAUCUUGGAAUGAAGAAUUCUUAAACACCCACUUCUUCAAUUGUACCCUCUUUUGUGCUUUCACUAUAAAAUCAAGCUCUGAACAAAUCUUUCAGGGGACUUACUUCAGACAUCUGGGAUUCAGAAAGAGACGUCUCAAACAAGGUAUUAGGAUUUGAUCUACUUGAAUUUAGACGUCUCCUUUAGAGAAAAUCGAAGACAAAUGUUGCCACAGAAGCAAGCAGAGGAAGCUAUUGUCUCCAACUUCACCGAGAUGGAACAUGAAGGCAAAGAAGAAUCUGAGAAUAAGCAAGAACCAGAGGAAGAUCAUUCCAUUUUCAGUGUCAAGAGCAUCCUCUGGCAUGGUGGUUCUGCUUGGGAUGCUUGGUUCAGUUGUGCUUCCAAUCAAGUGGCUCAAGUUCUGUUAACAUUGCCAUACUCAUUCUCUCAGUUGGGGAUGUUAUCAGGCAUAAUAUUUCAGAUAUUCUAUGGUCUAGUUGGUAGUUGGACAGCAUAUCUCAUCAGUGUUCUAUAUAUCGAGUAUCGAAGCCGAAAAGAGAAAGAGAAUGUUAGCUUCAAGAACCAUGUGAUACAGUGGUUUGAAGUGCUUGAUGGGUUGCUAGGUCCUUACUGGAAGGCAGUGGGUCUAGCCUUCAACUGUACUUUCCUUCUCUUUGGAUCAGUCAUACAGCUUAUAGCUUGUGCAAGUAAUAUAUACUAUAUCAAUGACAAUUUGGACAAGAGGACUUGGACAUAUAUAUUUGGAGCAUGCUGUGCAACUACUGUUUUCAUACCCUCCUUUCACAACUACCGGAUUUGGUCUUUUCUAGGCCUUGGCAUGACCACUUACACAGCCUGGUACAUGACCAUAGCAGCCCUUAUUCACGGCCAGAAUGAUGGUGUGUCACACUCGGCUCCAAAAAAACUAGUGCUGUAUUUCACCGGCGCCACCAAUAUAUUGUACACCUUCGGUGGACAUGCCGUCACUGUGGAAAUUAUGCAUGCAAUGUGGAAACCCCAAAAAUUCAAGUACAUAUACUUAAUUGCUACCCUCUACGUUUUCACAUUAACACUUCCUUCGGCUUCUGCCGUCUACUGGGCAUUUGGUGAUGAGCUCCUCACCCACUCCAACGCCUUCUCCCUCCUCCCUAGAACCCGCUGGCGUGAUGCCGCCGUUGUCCUAAUGCUCAUUCAUCAGUUUAUAACAUUUGGGUUCGCAUGUACACCUCUAUACUUCGUGUGGGAGAAGGUGAUAGGGAUGCACGAGACAAGGAGCAUAUGUUUAAGGGCACUUGCAAGGCUGCCAGUGGUGAUACCAAUAUGGUUUUUGGCCAUUAUUUUCCCAUUCUUUGGGCCUAUUAAUUCUGCAGUUGGGGCUCUUUUGGUUAGCUUCACCGUCUACAUCAUCCCAGCUCUUGCCCAUAUGCUCACUUACAGAAAGGCCUCUGCUCGCCAGAAUGCGGCUGAGAAGCCUCCGGUCUUCCUGCCAAGCUGGACAGCCAUGUACGCACUCAACAUCUUCAUCGUGGGUUGGGUCUUCGUGGUUGGGUUCGGGUUCGGUGGUUGGGCUAGCAUGACCAAUUUUGUGAGACAAGUUGACACAUUUGGCCUCUUUGCCAAGUGCUAUCAGUGCAAGCCCGCCAAGCUUCCAACACCCACUACUCAUCACUAAAUCCUCGUUUUUCCCCUCUCUCUCCUCUUCAUAUUUUGUAUCAUAGCAAUAGAUCUCCUACAAGCGAUGUGUGCUGGAUUUUCUUUUUCUUUUCUCUAGAUUGUAAUUUUUUUUUUUUUUUUCUUCUUAAAUUACUAAGUACAAAUUAAUAGUGUGUUGAAUUGUGAUGAUUCCUUUGCUAUUAAAGCAAGAGGCUAAUCAAUUCAAAGAUAUGUUUAGUUUUUUUUAUAUUUUUUUAAUCCCUUUUUGUUGGAAUAUUAUAAGAUAUACUAGUAGUUGAUCUUCUCUC